AUGGGCUUACGCGACAUACUCAAGAAAAAGGACCACCUCGACAAUGGCGACACCAGCAGCCAGGAUGCCGUAGACAGGCUGGCGGCCCCCGAAUUCAAAUUCAUUCGAUCAGACACCAACACACAGGAGGUCAUCCACCCCCCGAGCUAUCCCACGGGCGAUGCGAAGGAGCAGUUCCUGAACCCCAACGACAGCGUCGGCGGCCAGAAGCCCCGGCGCAGCCUCGACGUCUUUUUCGGUAACCGAUCGCGCAGCGCGUCCGCUUCUUCGCAAGCGAGCUCGUCGCCUAACAGGAAAGAUGGCAGACGGCUGUCGGAACGGCUGCACCUUAGCCGCUCGCCGGCUUCGUCGGACAACGUGCCGCAGAACCUACCCGACAUCAUAACCACGGCCGAGGGCGAGCAGGAGGUGGAAUGGGAGAAGCGCGCGACGAUCCUGGCGUCGGCGAACAAGAGCAGACCUGCGACUCCUUCGCGUGAUAAGGACUCUGGGAGCACGACGAGGGGACGGUCUCUGAGCGCGGCGGUAUCGUCUCCGGCCAUCGACGAGAACAUCCAGGAGGCCAUCCGGCUGCACGAGGCAGGGGAUUUCGAGAACUCGACGGCCAUGUUUGCCCGUCUGGCUGAUCCGAAAGGGGCGAAUAACACCCUCAGCCAGUUUCUAUACGGCCUUGCUCUGAGGCACGGCUGGGGCUGCGAGCCUGAUCCAGAAGGGGCUAUCAAGUUCCUCUCCGCAGCGGCAUCGAAUGCAGCAACCGUUGAGCAAGUGGCUUUGAAGGCCGGGCUAACGAAGGGUGGUGCUGCUAAGGGCGAGCUCGUCCUGUCCAUCUUCGAGCUGGCGAACUCCUUCAGACACGGCUGGGGCACCGAGAAGGACCCAAUCGCGGCCAAGCAGUAUUAUGAGACAGCGGCGAACCUCGGAGACACUGACGCCAUGAAUGAAGUCGCCUGGUGCUAUCUCGAGGGCUUCGGAUGCAAGAAGGACAAGGUACGUUUCAUCACAUAUCACUCGUUGCUUUGCGAUGCCGAGCAUGUCGGAGUCGGCAAACCAAGACCUGGGACUUUGCCCCUGGAGGAGAACAGCAUCAGCCUCAACAGCCCCAGAAUACUUGUGGCUUGCAUCAGCAAGUGCUUCGCAGCAGCCCGUUACUACCGGUUGGCCGAGAAGAACGGCAACAAAACACUAGGCAACUCCUGGUAA